AUCCAAACUUCGUAUUUUCACUUUUUUCUUUCUCGUCCCCAACGUCUAUAGCACAGAAGCGUGUCCAUAAGAGUAGAAACGAUGGCAUCGAAGGAACUGAAGACCUACAGUCGUGAAGAAGUUGCACAGCACAACAAACCAGAUGAUCUUUGGAUUAUCGUAGAUGCUAAGGUUUACAAUAUCAGUCGUUUCAAGGAUCUCCACCCUGGAGGCGCGUCUGUAUUUGCAGAGGAAGACAUAGCCGGACAGGAUGCAACUGAAGCUUUUUAUGGUCUCCAUCGCCACGAGGUGCUGAUUCGUCCACAGUAUGCGCGUCUGCAAAUCGGUGUACUCGAAGGAGAGGAGAGCGUUAUUUAUGGUCGGGUCCCGGGCAAGCUCAGCGAUGUGCCAUAUGCUGAGCCAUCGUGGCUGAGCGAAGGAUAUUACAGCCCGUACUUCAAGGACAGCCAUAAGAAAUUGCAACAAGCAAUGAGGAAGUUUGUAGAUGAAGUCGUCCUACCUGAUGCUCUGGCUCGCGAGGAAGAUGGGAAACGCCCAAGCACAAGUGUUAUCGAUGCCAUGACGGAGUUGAACAUUCACGCGAUGCGGAUGGGUCCUGGAAAACACUUGAAGGGUCUAACAUUGAUGGGUGGUGUUGUCACUCCUGAAGAGUAUGAUUACUUCCAUGAGCUGGUGUGCAUUCAAGAAAUUGCCCGCUGCGGUCAACGCGGAUAUGGUGAUGGCCUACAGAGUGGAGCUGUGAUUGGCCUCCCGCCUAUCAUGAACUUUGGAUCACCAGAGCUAAAGGCGAAGAUCAUACCAGAAGUCCUGUCAGGCAAGAAAUUCAUUUCUCUUGCUAUAUCGGAGGCUUUUGCUGGAAGUGAUGUUGCUGGGUUGCAAACCAAAGCAACCAAGACGGAAGACGGAAAGUUCUGGAUUAUAAACGGGACGAAGAAGUGGAUCACUAAUGGAACAUUCUCUGAUUACUUCACUGUUGGGUGUAAAACAGACAAUGGUUUCACUGUCAUUCUUGUCGAGCGUUCCGAGGGAGUGGAAACGAAACAGAUAAAGACGAGUUAUUCGACUUCUGCUGGUACUGCGUAUAUCACGUUCGACAACGUGAAAGUUCCCGUCGGGAACACGCUUGGUCCCGAAGGAGGAGGAAUUUUCGUCAUAUUAUCAAACUUCAACCAUGAGCGAUGGGUUAUGUGCUGUGCGUCGGCACGAGGACAACGAGGAAUCGUUGAGGAGUGCCUCAAAUGGAUAUCUCAGCGCAAGGCUUUCGGAAAGCCUCUAUCUUCGCAGCCUGUGAUCCGUAAUAAGUUGGCUGCCAUGAUUGCGCGAGCGGAAAGUGUGCAAGGCUGGCUAGAAAACCUAACUAUGCAAAUGUGUAAUAUGUCAUACAAGGAGCAAGCGCAGAAGCUCGCUGGUCCGAUUGCGUUGCUCAAGAUGUAUUCGACGCGAUGUGCACAACAGACGGCGACGGAUGCCGUGCAGAUAUUUGGUGGACGUGGAAUAACUAAAUCUGGAAUGGGGAGACUUAUUGAGCAUUACUAUAGAACGGUACCAUUCGACGCCGUACUUGGAGGUGCCGAAGACGUUCUGGGCGACCUGGGCGUACGCCAGGCGAUAAGACAGAUGCCAAAGAAUGCUCGGUUGUAAUGAGGGGAAAUGUUGACAGAACUAUCCUUUCGUUCGUUAUAUUGUUAUAAUUUAUUCAAAUCAAUCUGCAUGUUGUUUGCUUGUAGAAUGAUAUGUACUCUAUAUUGAGGUGUUCGAUCUUCCCGUAGAGAAACACGUUGCGUGAGGUCCCCUCUAUUGUUUGCAUAAAUAUCGAGCAACGUGAUAAAUGCACAUAAAAUAACAUCCGUAUUGACGAGCUCAAUAACAACUAUCGCAAUCCUACUUUUGUCGCAGUACGGCCGUUCCCCUGGCUCUUCCAGCCAAACCAGCCAACCAGUACGUUUUUCGCAAAUAUUUCGCCAAAGCCAAGCAUGACACCGUUCACAAAAGGCAGGAAAAGGUUGAUAGCGAGAGACGACAGGAGAAGUGAUAUGCGAGUGCGGGGCAUGAGUGUGCCAUCGAGUAAUGGAGGAAGUAGGGAAGGAGGUGCGCCAGGCUUUCCUGUAUCCCGCUCUGUCGCCGCC